AGCGCAAAUGUAUUCAAGCUAUUUGAAAUCAAGCACACGAAAUCGUCGUGUUGCACGCUAUGAUCAAGAGAAGAGAUUCAGAGCAUAGGAGAAAUUCAAGAGGGUGGAAAGAGACAUUAGUGACUUUAAAGCUUCAGAAUGUGGCCAACAGGGUACGGAAACGUGGUAAUUUGCCUGUAAUGGCCGUUGGUGAAGGUUCGACUGACUGGUCACAGGGCAGAGAUCUACACAUGACGGAGAAAACAUUACGUUGUUUACCUCCAAGACAGACUGUUUCGUUUGGAAGCGGAAAGGGAACACCAUUUCUUUCUGUUGAUGCAUGGAAGUCUUCAUUAAGUUCAAAUUCGUGUAAUCAUUGCAGUUUUUCUUCAACUGUAUCUUGUGUUUCUGGAGAAAGUGAGAGAGCUGACUUUCACAGAAAUAUGCUGUUUCUUGCUCCUUUCAAGCAAUCAAGGCACCAGAUGUUUAGACAACGAAGACCUUAUUCUUGUUCUGUUUCAGCCUCUCAUUCUUACCAACAGAAUGUUUUGAAGCAAUCUCUAACACCAGUAAAGGGUGGACCAUUUCUUGAUCAGACAUGGACACAAAACAGACCAAAGACCGGACGUCUUCUUAGUGGCAAGUUACGGCCAUUAUUGGGGAGGUGUGGGUGGCCAAAACCAAGAAUUGAUCAUUGUGUUGGAAUACUGUCGUCAACCUUAAUGACAUCAGAAACAAGGGAACUGACACAUCAGCAGCCAGUGUCUCAUCACUACAGAUCAGACAGCAGGAAUUUGUUAAGACCUCCACCUUCUUCAAGAGCUACAAGUCCUCUUAAUUAAUAAUUAACUAAUGGUCAUAUGUCUGUUAUUAUGAGUUGUUAUCAUCGACAAGAAACUCAAAGCUGUGAAUGAACAGCGUCAUGAAAUUUAUUGACUAUUUAACAGAAUUGACAACAUUGAUUUCUGUUUAUAUGUAUGUCUAACAAGCUCAUGCAUGAUGGUUGAUAUUUUGGACUAGCAUAUUAUUGAUAUUCCAUACUGGAUGAAUACUGUUACAUGGUGUUUGCUUGCAGAUAUUAUAAUAUACCUUGAUCAGUAUUCGUAGAAAGAGAGUAC